CUGAAGAAGACUCAUGUUUUGGUCAGGUCGGGUUAUGUUUUGUAACUCCCUCUGGGGGCACGGAGGGAAACCAUUAACGGGCUGAGCACAGGCAGGAAGACCCGUCUGACCUCCGCUUACCGGCACCCGAGACACUCUACUAAAGUGAAGAACGUGGGAAAAUGGGUAACAUGGCAACAGAGAUUGUUGCCUUCCUUCUCACCGUAUCCGGAUGGAUUCUGAUCUCUUCUACGCUCCCAACUGACUACUGGAAAGUGUCGUCAGUGGACGGGACAGUCAUCACCACAGCAACCUUUUGGUCCAAUCUAUGGAAGACGUGCGUUACAGAUUCAACCGGAGUCUCCAACUGCAAGGACUUUCCUUCUAUGCUUGCGCUGGAUGCUUAUAUCCAGGUGUGUCGUGGACUGAUGAUCUCAGCUGUGUGUUUGGGAUUUUUUGGAGCCGUUCUGGCACUAGUGGGCAUGAAGUGUACCAAAAUAGGGGGAUCAGAGACCACCAAAGCCAGGAUCACCUGUCUAUGUGGACUACACUUUAUUCUCAGUGGAAUCUGCUCUAUGACCGCCUGCUCUCUCUAUGCACACCGGAUAACAUCAGAAUUCUUUGACCCCUUAUUUGUGAAACAGAAAUUUGAACUCGGGGCGGCGCUCUUCAUUGGCUGGGCAGGAUCUGUUCUCAGCAUUCUUGGAGGAUUUAUCUUCUGCUUUUCCAUGAUGGAGGGAUUCAGCAUCAGGGAGUACUCCUACAACGGCACCACGUCCUUCAUAUCCACACGAACCAAGAUCACAAAGAUGGGCAGAAACCCCGAGACUCCUCAGAAGGACCCUCCAGACCAGAGUUUCUCUGGCAGGCAGUUUGGCAGGAACGCAUAUGUUUGACUUCAGCUUCUUUAGUGAAGCUGAAAACAAUCACAAGUAUACACCGUGUAAAGUCACCUAUCAAACAAACCCUAGAACGAAGAACAUGAGAUGGUGUUGCGCGAGGCUGCUUUCAUCAUCGGAGAAGACUGCACAGAGGUAAAUGUUAUAUAUUAUUAACGUACGUCCUAUCUGGGUGAAUUCAGAGAUUGUUGCCAGAGGUUAUUUUGAUGAGAUAUGCCUAUAAACAAUGUAUUGCAGCAUAGACCGUUUUGUCAGGAAAACACAUAGUGCCUAAGAAACCUCAAGCAAACUUUCCAGGUUGAAUGAGAUAGAGUUGCCAGAUUCGGGACUCGGGCGAACCGAUGACAGAGAGGACAGAGAGAACAGCUGCGCUUCAUUG